AUGGGUCCCAACACCAGGCCGGAGCCGCAGGCUGUGCAACAGCCGGGCACUGCUCAUCCGGGCCAGAAGCAGGCGAGGGCGAGUCACUCUGCCACCAGCUAUCCGCCGUUGACCACAGAACCUGGAGCGGUGCUGUCUGAGCUAGCGCGGGAUGCGUCCCUUCUAUUCGCAAGCCAGCGCCAGUGCCACACCGGGCCCGAUGGCCGCCAUCCCGGCUCUGGAGGGGCCAUCAACGGUAUGUCGCUGCAGCAACUCCUGCACGUGAGCCGCCAGCUUGUACGGCUGCGGCUCCGAAGUCGGAACCCGGGUGCUGGCACCCCCGGCUGUAGCCAGGUUACGAAGGGUCCCACGGUGGUGAUGGAGGCACAUGCUAGGGUAUUGGACCAUCAGGGAGCCGGCUUUGGCACCCAUGCCGCCGUCGCCAGCGCGUCCGACAUUCUGUAUGCCCUUGUAGAGGAGCUGGCUGUCUCAGCUGCUUGCCAGCUUGAGUCACAGGAUAUGGAGGAGCCGAUCCGUGCGCGGAGCACUGUCGCCCGAGCAAUAGCAACGGCGCAGUUACGCUCAUCUGCAGCCGCUGCGGGUGAUAUUGUCGCUGAUGACGACGCCACGAACCCUGUCCUUGUUGGUGUUGGCGGCGCCGGUGCAGCCGCUGCGCGUUGUGGUGCUGCGCUUCUGCACAACCUGGUGAAGCUGUGGGACGGUGGUGGUGUCGGCGGUGGGGGCUUGCAGCGCCUGGCAGAGGCGGUGGCCGCAGCUGCCACCCGGCAGCCCUUGGUCUCCUCCCUGGACAGCAGGUCGCUGCAGGACCUGAUCUGGGCGCUAGGCAAACUGGAUUCGUCCGUAAACAGGCUGCCGGCAGUUGGGCAGUUGGUGUCGGCUCUGGCGGCACGCCUGACGGAGCCGGGUCUGCUAGACCACAUGUCGCCUGUAGGCCUGUCCAUGGUUGUGUACGGCAUGGGCAAGCUUGGUGUGCCGUACCCUGACAUAAGCGUGCGGAGGGCCGUGGCGGCAGCGGUGGCGGCUUCGGCUCCCAGCUGCGAGCCGCAGGCACUUGCCAACAUGGCAUGGGGAUUCUCGCGGACAGCGGAGUCGAUACUGUCGCCUCCCGCAACACCUUCUUGGUCAGGCACCCCUGCUUCUGCGCAGCCUCAGCUGCGGAGUCGCCUUCCCGGCUGGAGCAGCACCCCCUCUCCUGCCAGAGGCUCUGAAGCCCCGGAGCUGGCGGCAUGUGUCGAGCUGUGCAGAUCCGCGGUGCGACAACUAGAUCGUUUUAAGCCCCGUGAGGCUGCCAAUUUGCUUGGUGGGCUGGCCGCCUUGGGUGCCCUCACUGACCCGCGGGUCAGGCCUCUGCUGGACGCCAUCGUGAGCUACUUGCACCUUCGGCUCGGUGAACUAGGGCCUCAGGACCUGGCUGAGCUGCUCUAUGUGUACGCAAUUGCAGCGGCACCGGCACCGGCUGCGUCGCGGGAGCUGGUCGCGACGAGGCAUCAUGAUUGGAACAUGGUGGCGAAUACACGACCCACGGAUCAGAAGGUCUCAUUACUCCCAAAUGCGGUACAGGAGAUGCAGGCCCAGCUAUCUGGGGGGCACCCGACCGGCUCUGCCGGUGUACCAGCUCUGGAUGUGGCCGCAGCUACCGCCUCAGGUGUACACGACGUCGAGGGUGCACUCCACCAGGCGCUGCACAAUUCAGAGAUGUGGGCCCUACUGGAGCAGCGCUGUCUGGAGCUGCUGCCCCUGUCCCCGGCGUACCAGGUGGCCACCAUGCUUUGGGCCUUCGCCCACCUGACCCACCGACCCACGGGCCUGCUGUCAGCCGUUACGGGUGCCCUGACAUGCCAGCAGGGCGCUGCUGCGGGCAACUGCCCUGGCGCCCAGCGAGGCAAGACGGGGCCUAGCCGGCCCGCACCUGUGCACUCAGCUAACGCAGCCACGCCAAACAGGGUAGGCCCAGCUCCGACCGGGGUCAAAGCUGGUAGGCCCAGCUCUGACCCCGGGGUAGGUCCACAAGCGGAGUCGGGGAGUAGCAGGGGUCGUAGCCAUUCGCAGCAGCACCAUGCGGGGCGGCCUGGGCAGCAUUUGCAGCCUCCGAGACGUUCCAGCCUGGAGUUGCGGACGGAGGGCGCUAGGGGUGCGGAGCUGGUAAUGGACCUGGAGUCCUUGCCGCCGGCACAGGUAGCCCGGCUGGUGUGGGCUCUGGCACGGCUGAGCGCCGGGGUGCCGCCGGCUGGGCUGCGGAGGCUGUGCGGCCCGCUGCGCAGCCGGAUGGCGGAAUUCGACACUCAGUCGUUGUUGAUGAUGGCCUGGGGCCUAGCGACUCUGGGCUGCCCUGGGGAUGCCGUCCUUGAGCUCGUGGUGGGCCGACUGACGGCGCUACUGCCCUCCCUGGAGCCCGACCAGCUGCCCAUGGCACUGUGGUCCGUAGCCAAGCUCAUGACGACCGACAGCGGCAGCCCACUGCCGGGAAUGUCCGUAAUGCAGUUCUUUCAUGCCAGCCGGGGCCCGCUUGCAAUGGCACUGCCGCGGCUAGCGCCGCAGGGUGUGGCCAUGGCAGCCUGGGCGUACGCGACGGCCGGUGUCAACCCCGGAGAAGCGGGCCUGGCAGCGCUGUGGGAGCGUGCCGUGGCGGUGGCGGUGGCGGCGGCGGCAGCAGCGCCGUCUACAGGUGUUGGUGAGGACGCGGGCCAGGCGCUGGCAAUGUUAACAAGCGCGAUGGCGGAGUUUCGGUGUCGACAUGUGAGGCUCACGCGCGCUGUGCUGGUCGCGGCGGCGGCGCACAUGGCGGCAUUGCAGCAAAUCCAGCCGCGGCAGCCGUACCACUCGCAGCAGCAGCAGCGGCUGCAACCCGCAUCUGGUGGCAACGGGGAGACCGUCCGCGAAGCAGCUUUCCCGGACGGCGUGUGGCUUUCCUCCGUGAUUUGCAGCCUCGGACGCCUGGGUGUGUGCGAUGGGCGGGUUCUGCAGCUGGCUUGUAGAAGGGCGGUAGCGCUGGCGCCGGUGCUCACUCCGAGGGAAGCGGUUCCCCUGCUAUGGGGCCUGGGGGUACUGGCCAAGCGCAUCGGACGCACAGCCGCCGCGGCCGCAGCUGGCGAUGAAUACGGCACCGACGGUAGCCGCCGCGGCGGCAGCCUCGGCGCCGACGCCGCCCUGCUCGACGCUGUGGCAGCAUUGACCGGGGUCAUUGAGCCUGUGAUUCUGGACGCAGCCGCUGACUGCAGCCCGCAUGCCAACCGGGUUGCAAGUACAGCACUUAGGCGCGGCGGCGGCGGCAGUUCCAUAAGAGCCGCAACGGUAGCAGCCGGCGGAGCUGCUUCCUGCUGCAGUAACCGUAGAGCGGCGGCGCUGGAUGGCGGUUUGUUGUCCAUGUUCCUCAUCGCCUGUGUGGCGCAUAGACAUCGUCCUGACGCGGUUGUGCUUGAAGCCACCAGCCUCCUGCUGAGGCGCCAUCUGCGUUCCCUAGCCUCACACACUCUCUGCGAAAUCGCCUGGGCGCUGGCUGUGCUGCGACCGCCUCCUGGGGGCAAUAUGGGCAUCCAUGCAAUGUUACCACUUGCAGAGAAGCCCUCGGUAGUUGAUAAUGCCGUGGCGCCCAACACGGACGCUGUCGCAACGACGACAGCGAGUGGAUGGUUUCAUCCCGAUCCCGUCUCCUGUCGCUUCCGUGGCCGGAGCGCCUCCGCUGCUGGCGGCGUUGGGGCUAGUGCUGACUCCGUAAGAGGACAUGGCGAUGCUGUACAAGGACUUGCAGCUGCUAGCACCUUGAGCCCCUUUGCUGUCCAUUCGCCUGGCUCCGGCGACCCCGGCUCUUGUGUGGCGGGCAAUGCCAAGAAAGGGGAAGAAGUGCGCAUUGACGCAAAGCCAGCUCAGAGCUUGGAGGGUUGCGAUGACGGCAGCGGCGGGUCUGUUCACGCUGCCGUACGACGAAGGAUGCUGUCCAGUUUAUUGCGUUGGUCCCGGCCUGAAGUCCCGCUGGUGCUGGCGGCACUGCUACAGCGGCGGCGGCGGCGGCGACGACCUAGAGCUGCUGCAGGCGGCGCGGCCCCGCUGCCGCAUUCAGGGAUGACUGCAACAACCGACCCAAAGGCGGUGAGCCGUUCUGCCGCAGACAGCAACCGCCGCAGCAACCGACGUGCCCGCGACGCUGGUGGUGUACCUCCCUGUGAUAGCGAGCAGACGGCCAGGCCCGAAGGAGUGCCGCUGACGCCGCGGGCAUCCCUAGUGGCGCCGAUCUACCCUCCUCGGCACACCGUCCCUGAAGACCAGGUCUGCUCACAGCGACUGCUGGAGUGCUGCCUGCGGCUGCUGGGUCGGCGACUCUGCGUGGAGCGUUCUGAGCUGCUGACGCUCGAGUCCCUGGUCAAGGUGACCUGGGCCAUGUGCGUACUCCGGAUGUACACCCCUAGGUGCGAAGGAGGGCGGGAGGGUGGGAGUGCGGGAGGGCUCUUCCGCUACUGCGCCGCGCGGGCCCUCUGCUGCUCCACCGCCCCCCUGGAGCCCCGACCCGCACUGCUGCGUGCGCUGGUGCAGGUCCGUGCCUUAGUGGCCCGCCAGCGGCCGUCCACCUGGGACCGACUGAGGCUGCGCUCCCGCUGGCGCCGCCGCCAGAAGACUGCCGGCGUCAACUGGAAUGUGACGCCGGCGGCGCUGGCAGCGGAUGCGCCGGCAACGGCGGCGCGUCGGCUGCAGCGCUGUCGCGCAUCGCUUGAUGCUGCGGCGGAUGCCGCUGGGAUGCUGCUGGAGUGGCGCAACACGUACGAGGGCGAUCGCCACGGGGUGAUGCGUCUGGGCAGCCGCAGUUCCUGUGCACUGCUACUGGUGCCCCCAUGGGAGGAGGCCGAGGGGCCGGGCAGGCACCGGGUGAUGGAGGAAGCGGCGCCGCAGCCGCCGUUGGCGUUCGCCGCAGUGGCGGCUCGGCUGUUGCUGCUGAGGGGAUGGCUAGUGGUGUGUGUGCGGGUGGAGCAAUGGCUGGGGCUGGAGCCUGAGGAGCAGCGGCGGCAGCUGGUGGCGCUGCAUGCGCAGAUGCGGGAGGCGGCGAGGGUGCGGGCCGAAGCGGCGGUUGCAGCUGCGGGCGCAGCCAACGAGCGAAUGCUAGGCGGCGGAGGUGUGGAUGGUGCCAUCCAUCGGGCCGCAGGGCCCGAGCUCGUCAGGGCGUGUGCCGAGGUACCUGAGGUCCGGCCGGGCGUGAGGUGCCCCACCGGGGAGGCAAGGAUCACACCGGGCUUCAAGCUUAAGGCCCGCCACGUCAUCCACACGGUGGGACCCAUUUACGAGAACCCCAAGCACUCGGCGCCUCUGCUGGCCGGCGCCUACCGCAGCUCCCUGCAACUGGCGCUGGAGAGGGGCCUCAAAAGCGUGUCAUUUCCGGGUAUCAGCACCGGCGUGUUCGGAUACCCCUUUGACGAGGCGGCGGAGGUCGCCUUGGCGGCAGUGGACGAGGCGUUGGACGCGGUGGGCGAGGGCGGGAGCGUCAAAGAAGUGCGCUUCGUGCUCUUUAACCAGCCCCUCUACGACGCCUUCGUGGAGGCGGCGGAGGCGCGCAGUGCCCGGGCAACUAGCGAGAGCAAGGAGGUCCCUAACCCGCUGAAAUCCACUGAGCUAUGAGGACAGGAGCCCUGACGGGGGUAAGCAGCUCGUAUGCGGCCAAGCCGGAUGCGAUGUGCUGCCUGGUUCCGCAGGGUCAGGUCUGGCGGCCAGCGGACCUGUUCUCUGGUGCCGGGCAUUUCGUGAAUGGACGGAUGGAUGGACUUGGGUACUGGAUGAAGCUGUGGAGCCGGUGGGUCGCUUGAGAGAUUCUCCACCAGCGUAACCCUCACAUGAUGGUGGGGGCAUUCAACCAAGUUAGGGGUCAUGGCAAAAGAAGUGGCAAUACGUCGUCUUGGCAUCUUGGAAGCUUUACUUCUCCCGCCGUCCUCUCAAUUUAUCCUGUUUUUCUGCUUGCGUGCUUUUCCUAGCACCUCCAUUUUUCCCUGCGUGGCUUCGGAGUUGUACCUGAGGAUUUCACUACGGUGUGUCCCAGAGUGUUGGGUAU